CCAGAAGAAGAAGAAGAAGAAGAAGACGCGGAAGAGCAAGAUCGCCGUCUGUGUUGUUGUCGUCGUCGUGCCUUUAUCCUGAAAGCGGUGUUUUCUCCCCCGAACACAGCGCGCCGUCAGCGUCAUGGACCCUGGGACCACCAUCCUGCGGGUGAAGCGGAAGAGAGGCACGGACCCCGCGGACGCGCUGCUACUGGCCUGUAAGCGGAUCAGAGCCGAGUCCAGCGCUGAGCAGCCCGAACCCGAACCUGAGCACGCGCGCAUCGAGAACUCCGUGUUUAAGCUCGUGGCCACGGUCGCCACACAGGACGCCCCGGUGCAGAGACACGUGCGUGAAGCCCUGUCACGUCCACGUCUCGCGCACGCCCUGCGUCCGUCUCAUGGCACCUCCAACAGGAUCGUCGGCAACUUGCGCAGUGCCAAAUGGAGCACCAGGCGAGAGGAGCGGUACCGGAUCCUCUCCAGCCACCGCGCCGGGCUUCCUGCAGAACCUCGUAAAGGACGAGAACCCGCAGAGACGGAUACGGAACCUCGUCUGGGAGACGUCCAGGUGUUCGAUAUCGUUCAGGAGGACGUCGAGGAGGACGAGAAGGAUCCUGAAAAGAAUGUGAAGUCGGAUCCCGAGGCGAUUCUGUGUAACUCGGUGAAGAUGGUACGUGAGAAGUUGAGCGUGUCGACUCACGGGGCCGGGACCGAACAUCGUGAGAAGGAGGACGACUACGUUUAUGAUUUGUACUACCAGGAGACGGCCACGCCCGGCUGGAUUCAGGACAUCUUAUCGGUCAGACCCUACACUGAUGAAGGAGAGCUGGUACCUGAGGAGGUCGCUUGGGAGGAGGAUGUGUACGAGGACGAGGACGAUGAAAACGCCGAAAGCAACUGGAGGAACGAUUACCCAGACGAGGAGGACAGCGACGGCGAGGGUAACGAAGAGCGCUACGGAGGUUGUUGGAGCGAGGAGCACUCGUACAGCCGGAGGAGCUGGGAGUGCUAUCAGAGGGAGGUGAUGAAGGAGUUUGACGAGAACGAUGAUGAUGAGGACAGAGAAGAAUACGAUUCUGACUGAGACAGUGUGUGUGUGUGUGUGUGUGUGUGUGUGUUAGAGAGCGAGUUUUUACUCCCAGUAUGAUGCAGUGUUGUGUUUGUGUGCCAGUUGAUGCGUAUUUUGUGUUGUGUUAGAGAUGCGUGAUGUUGCCGUUUUUAGUGAUUGAUGUGCAUGCUAGUGUGAUGAGGUGUGUUUGUGUGUGAUGUGCAUAAACCCCCCUCCCCCCAAAAAAAGGGCAGUGGUGACUUCUUGUAAAUAUGUAGAUGUGUAUAAACCGAAAUAAAAACGAAAGAUUCCAAAAGUCAGAA